AUGUCGCAAUUCCGCCCCCGCCGCCUCGACCUCUCCUGCUUCAUCAACAACAAGAUCAUCCGCGACCACACAAAGCGCAAGGUCUUUGAACAACACGAACCCGAACGCCAAGCGCUCCGCUACAUCAUUCGCAACACCUCAUUACCCCAACGGACGCGCGCGCAGGCACAAUUGCAGUUGACACAGAUGCACUGUUAUACGAGAUCGACGCAGAUUAAGAAUAGGUGUAUGAUGGGAGGGAAGGGGAGGGGUGUGUUUUCGGAUUUCAGGAUGGCGAGGUUUCAGUUUAGGAUAAAUGCGCUGGCGGGACGGAUACCGGGGGUGAAGAAAGCGAGUUGGUAG